UCCUACCGGUCAAUCUGCGUGUUUUUACCUUUCUUACUUUGCCAAAUCAAGCAAACUAUUCUAGACCCGAUCUAGUAUAGUUUGACCGGUCAAGUAAUUUACACCAUCAUUUUUGGCGCCACCCGUGGGACCGUUAAGGUUUCUUCUCUUCUAACACAAAACUACCCACAAAAACACCACUCGAAAUGUCUUCCAGCCAACAAAUCAACGCUACUUCCGCUCAGGUGCAGGCCACCAAUGAGGGUACCAGCAUCCCUGUGGCUGCUACCAUACCGGUCAUUUUAGCCCCGGUGUUUCCUUUGGGUCUAAGCUCUGUCCCAACGCCUAGCGUGAUCAGCCCAUUCACGACCCCCGUCCCUUCCGCUGGACCGAGGGUCACGUUCCCACCAAGCAUGACUCAGUUCAUGAAUGACCCAGCCAACCUACAAGCCAUCCAAGGCUUUGGCCAGAGUGAUGACGGCGAGUGGGACAUUCCGAGGGCCCACAAGAAGAACAAAGGAAAAAACAUCCGGCCAGCGACCUCCCGAAACUCCGCCUUCGAAAGGCUGGGGGAUAGGGAGGAAGGCCAGAGGAAGUCAGCCAAGCAAAGGCUGGGGCAGAGCGUUGCCCAUGUCAGCGCGUUCGCCCGGCUAGGCGAGGUGCGGGAGGCCGAGCCUGCCCGCACCCAGCGCUCCUGGUCUAAUCGGCAAGAGCCAGCGAGGACGAGGGCCUCUCGUCAGGAAGAGGAAGCAGAGAGCCAGCCCAGGUUACCGGUGGCGAACCGGUUGACCAUCCCAAAUGACCGCGUCCAGCAGAUGGAGGCAAAAUUGGAAAGGCUGGAAAAGAAGGUCGGGGAGAAGAAUGACCGGGACAAACCCUUGGCGGGGUCCCCGUUCACCACAAGGGUCCAUCUGACACCUUUCCCGCGAAAGGUCAAGAUCGACGCCCCUAGGUUCACCGGGAAGGAAGAUCCAGAAAUCCAUCAGGAUUCCUUCAACCAGAGUGCGACCAUGAACGGUUGCACCGAUGAAGAAAAGUGCCUUCUUUUCUUCCAGACCUUGCGAAACCGAGCCACUGAAUGGUUCAAUAAGCUUCCCGGGCAGAGGGAGUCUGAGAACCUUACUCAGUUCCUUACCCGGUGGAAGGAAGAGGUAGACAAGGUGGAAGAAAUGGAUGACAAGACCGUUCUAUCCCUCCUCUUGAAUGGCUUGCGUGCUGGGGAACUAUACAAGGAGUUCUGCCGGAAACCCCCAGCCACGUACCAAGAGGCCUACCACACUGCAUGGGAGUUUGCUGAGGCUGAAACCCAGCUCCGGGCAAAGAGAGAAGCUGAGCAUGGUCCCAAGCCCAAGCCGAAGCAAGUCAAGAAGGAGGAAGUCCCGGGACCUAGUCGGCCAAGGCACCACUAUGACCCGGUUGUCCGUGUGGUCAAUACGGAGGAAUGCCAAGAAGUCCGGAAAGCACCGGUCAUUCUUCCAGAAAACCCUACCGGUCAAACAGGGCGGCAGUGGUCGGGCACCUAUUGUUCGUACCAAAGAUCAGAUUCUCAUAACACCUCCGAAUGUAAGAGUGUUAAGGGAGUAAUCCGGCAGAUGAUAGACAGUGGAGAGCUGGGCAAGGAUUACCUGCAGAAAACCCAGGAGAAGAGUCAUCAGUGGGUUAGGCCAGCUGCCCCGGGAGAUGACCGGGACAGCGACCGGCGAAGGAAUAGCCGGCCAAGGGAAUGGCAACAUGCUCCCGAAAAAGAGCACAUCGGCAUGAUCUUCGGCGGACCCGAGGGUGGAGAUUCAGCCGCGCAGCGGAAGAACUGGGUCCGGAGCAUUUACGUUGGAGAGGUAAGUGCUGAACCGCCCAGGCGUAAACAUACUAGAAGGGAGCCGAUCGUCUUUACUGACCGGGAUCUCCCUCCUACCGGUGAAGAUCACAAUGAUCCAUUGGUCAUCACCAUGGACAUUAAUGGGGUGGAUGUCGCCCGGGUACUUGUUGACACCGGCAGCAGUGUCAACAUCUUAUACCUGGAGACUUUCCAAAAACUCAAGCUGUGUCGGACACAACUUGAACCCCUUAAAACCCCUCUCUCAGGCUUCACGGGAGACACCGUUGAAGCUGAAGGGUCCAUAGUUCUGCCGGUUGAACUAGGAUCAGGAGAGAAGACCGUGUGGAAGAAGAUGCGGUUCAUAGGGUUGGACAUCAAAUGCGUCCACAACGCAAUAUUUGGAAGGCCAGGCAUCAAUAAGGUCGGGGCGGUGAUUUCCAUGCCUCACCUGUGCAUGAAGUUCCACACUCCAGGUGGUGUGGGUGAGGUGAAGGGUGACCAGAGGAACGCCCGGGAAUGCUAUGCCCGGGCAGUCAAGAAGAUGACCAAGGGGGUCAAUGUCAUCUCUCAAGAAAUCGCAAAGGGAGAGACCCGAGAGAAAUUGGAGCCCGAGGCCGAGACGGUGGAAAUCGAACUUCACCCGGGUGAUUCUUCGAGGAUGGUCAGAAUUGGAGCAAAUCUCCCCGAAGAUCUCAAGGCAGAGAUUACACGGGUCCUCCAAGAAUACGCGGGCAUAGUCGCAUGGAGCGUGGCGGAUAUGCCCGGAAUAGAUCGCUCUAUUAUCUGCCACUGGUUGGCCGUAAGGGAAGGAAGUCGACCGGUACGACAGAAGAAGCGGUACCUGGCCAGUGACCGGCGAGACUUCGUCAAGAAGGAAGUGAAAGACCUCCUCAGUGUUGUGUUGCGAAAUUCAACAUCCUCUGGGAGGAUGGUGAAGUGGGCGAUGAUGUUAACUCAAUUAAACAUUGAGUACCGACCAAGGUCAGUAAUUAAGGGACAAUCCCUUGCUGACUUCUUGGUAGAAAUGACUGGUCUAACUCUAGACCUACCGGUCAACAAGCCCAUUGAGCAAUGGUGGGAGAUGGCAGUUGAUGGGGCAUCCAAUCCUAGAGGAUACGGGGGUGGUAUCGUGUUCACCACCCGAGAAGGGUUCAAGAUCUACCAUGCAAUCGUCUUCAACUUCAAGCUGACGAACAAUGAGGCGGAAUAUGAAGCUCUGGCUGGAGGGCUCAGGCUUGCCCAAGCCCUGAAAAUCAGCCGGGUCAGUAUCAAAUCUGACUCUAGCCUGAUCGUUGGGCAAGUGACCGGUAACAUGGAGGCAGGGGAAGGACGCACGGCACAAUACAAGGACCUUGUACUUGCCCAGUUGAAAGGCUUCGAAGAGUUCAAGAUCGCCCAAAUUCCUCGGGCGGAGAACGCGGAUGCAGACCUUCUCUCCAAGUUGACGCAGUAUGCUCCCGAGCAUGUUUCAAAACUUGCCCGGGUAGAGAUCCUUGACCGUGCAAGCAUCGAAAAAUUAGAAGUCGCCGCUAUAACAGCCGGAAGCCAAUCUGACCGGUCAAACUUGGUCGGGGCGAGCGACCAUUGGAUGUAUGAUCUCAUGGAAUAUUUGAUGGAUGGGAGCUUGCCAGAACAAGAUGACCGGGCAAGAAAAGUGAAGCUCAGGGCACUCCGAUUCCAGGUUCUUGAUGGAAAACUGUAUAAAAGGGCAUUUGGGGGGCCACUCCUGAGAUGUCUAACCAAUCGGGAGGCUGAGCGAGUCAUAGCGGAGGUACACGAAGGCGUAUGCACGGCGCAUCAAAUGUCCCGUACGCUUUCCCAACGCAUCAUCUUGUUGGGGUAUUACUGGCCAACAAUUGUCCAGGAUUGUGAAAGGUACGUCCAGAAAUGCAGGACGUGCCAAGUAUUCUACAAGUAUCUCGGUAGACCGGCAACCUACUAUCACCCUGUAUCAAACGUCAUCCCGUUCGCUAGAUUCGGGGUGGAUAUCAUUGGAGCCUUCCCAGUCGCCCAAGGAGGGAAGAAGUUCGUAAUCGUAGCCAUCGAUUACUUCACCAAAUGGAUCGAGGCCGAGGCAUUGGCCAACAUCACCACGCAGCAGUGCAAGAAAUUCAUUUGGAAGAACAUUAUCACGAGGUUUGGAGCGCCCAUGAACCUCAUCACCGACAACGUCCCACAAUUCCGAAAUCCGAGGUUCACCGAAUACUUGGAUGGCUUUGGAAUCUAGCACAAUCGCUCCUCGGUAGCAUACCCCCAA